AUGUUUACCCAAAGCAGUCGUUUAGUUGAGCUCAUUGUUUUUCUGUACUUAAUAAACCAAAUUGUAUCUAAGGUGGAGUUUACCAACAUAAAAUGCACUUCGCUGGACACGGACUUCACCGACAUUGACUAUUGUUUUUUAAAAUCUGUGAAUCGUAGCUACAAAUACCUUUCUCUAAAGAUUAAGCUUUUCAAGACGCCCAUUACCAAAGUUAAAGUUAAUGUUGAGUUGAUGAAGCGAUACAGUGGCUAUAAGCCCUUUCUGUACAACGUUACUGUGGACGCAUGCCAGUUUCUGAAGAAUACAAAAUCGAACCCAAUCGCAUUCUACUUGCAUGGAUUCUUCAGGGAAUUUUCCAACAUGAACCACACCUGCCCCUUUGACCACGAUCUUAUAGUUGAAAAACUGUCCGUUGAUCGUAUUAACCGACAUGUAACAGAAGUUUUGCCCUUUCCCACUGGCGAUUACCUUUUUCGCUCAAACUGGAUAGCUUAUGAUAUUAAUAGAGCUAAAGUCGAUGUAUAUUUUACACUUUCUUGA